CUAAUGUUUUAUGGUACAGUUGUGUGUCGCUGGCUUGGCAGGCGAUACAUUUAGAGUCAUAAUACGUUUUUGCAUAAGUACUGUCAGUGACUGUAUAACUAACCCUAACCCUUUUAUACAGUCAAUGAGCGCUGUAUGCAUAAAAUACCAGUAGCUACUGGCACACCACCAGUUAAUUCAUUAUAACGGCAGGUUAACCUUAAUCCCACCGACUGGGGUACCUGCACACCCCAGAGGUCUCCUUUUUAUCAUAUCUCACAGAUCCAUUUCAGAACAGGAGCUGACCUGUAGGCGUCUGCAGAUCCACCUGUUUGUUUGAGCAGGAUGAUCUACAUCAUCAUGGGAGUCUCAGGUUGUGGAAAAAGCACCUUAGGGACCUUCCUAUCAGAAAAGCUGGGGUGGCCCCUGCAUGAAGGAGACAACUUCCACCCUCAGGACAACAUUGAGAAGAUGGCUCGUGGUGAAGCGCUCACAGACCAGGACAGAUUGCCUUGGCUUCUCAAACUGCAUGAAGUCAUUGAGAGAGAAAGGUGCUCAGGCUCUGAUGCUCUUGUGGUGUGCUCUGCCUUGAAGCGCAUCUACAGACAGAUCCUGCUCUAUGGUUCCAAAGCCCUCACCUUCUCUUCCUGUCCAGACCAGGAAAUCCCACUUUCCACCCCUCCUGAUGUCUUUUUUCUCUUCCUACACGGUGACUACGACUUCAUUCACCAGAGGAUGGUGGCCCGGAGAGGACAUUUCAUGAAAGCGGACCUGCUGCGUUCCCAGUUUGAUGUUUUAGAGCCUCCGCUGGAUGAGGAGAAUGUGUUGCCACUGAACAUCACGAGGAGCAUCACUGAUUUGGCCACAGAGGUCGAAAAGCACCUCAUCAGCCUCAAGUCGUCACCAACGACAGAUACAGAGGCCAUAAUCUACCAAUGAGAAUAGCAGUUCAGAAGAAUUUGGUAAUCUUCAAGGGUGUUCAGGUUUAUAAUCAAAAGAUCAUAUCUUGACAGUGCAGGGUAAAGCACCUUUUGACCGAAACCAUACAGAAACUUGUGGGAAUUCUGAAUUUGUCUACUCAUUAGUGCUUCAGGAUGUUAAAUGAUAAUAACAGAAUAACAGAGUCUGGAUGAUCCUGUGGUGCAUUUGUGAUUCUGAACACUGCAGCUAGUUGGCUAAAACCACUUUGAAACACAGUGUAAGUGCCAUCAUCAUAAACUCGUAAAUUCCUAUCACACAGGGUUUGAAUUGUGACCAAUUACAGAUAUCUACCUCCAGUAGUGUACAACAAGGGAAUGUUGACAACAGUGGUCAAAGAGGCGUUAACGCUGUGAGGAUUCCAGUUUUUCACAGGAAAGUGCGGCACACCUUAUUAGUUAUAUUAUGUAAUAAUAAUUAAAACACAUGGUUUGUAAAUUUUGUAUUUUUGGGUUGCAAACCAGAAUUAUGAGCCUGUAGAGGGCUGCUGAUUGUCCUGCAGUUGCCUUUUGUUGCACACAGUGCAGUGUGGUGAUUUUUCUGUGGAAAAUCCUACAUCAGUCUGUAACCUGCCUCACUGCACAGACGGCAACUUAUGAUGGACAAAAUGCCUUGAGUAGAUUUUUAUUAUUAGAGAACAAUGAGCAACAAUGUUUUAAAGUUUAAGACAUUAUUUUAAGCAGAUCAGUUUACAUUUAUGUGUAACAAACAUGCAAAUUUGGCUUUGAAGUGUCUGUACUGGGAUGAUUUACAGUUGCAUGGGCACAAAUACAUCAAAUUAAAAUAAAAAUGUUUUUGAGUGACAUUUUGGGUUGUUGGAUUUGGGUUCAUAAAUUUCAUGACAUAGGAUCAAGACCAUUCAUAUCUCAAGAAAAAAAACUUUUCAUACUCUGACAAUUCGACAACAAAAGUCACUUUAGACAAGAGAAACAUGUUAGUCUGGUACUGGCAAGAGAAGCUGAUAAUGAAAGUUUAUUCUCGACCUUGUAAACAAUAGUUUGACUAAUAAUUCCAACUCAACAAAAUCACAUGUAGUCUUCAUCAGUGAAUGGAAUUUGCUCAGUGUUUGUCUAUACUUAAAUCACAUGAUUAUUAUUGAACGAACUCCAUUUGCUGGUGAAGACUAUGAUUUGGUCGAAAAAGAUAGUAAGUGGUCCUUGGAACAAUGUAUGCAUAUAACAAAAUUUAACCUGAACACAAAAAUCUACAGUGUAUCAGACUUGACUGAUUAAAUUAUGUUUUAUUGUGUUACAAGCCUAUGACAGAUGUAACAU